AUGGCCGUUGUUGGCAUUUGUCUGGUCUGGCUCGUCUUGGUGCUGGGUGUAUGGCCAAUUCGAGUCCGGGGACAAGGCGAAGACGAGCAGACCUUCAACCUGCUACCGGACACGCCCCUCUUGCGAGCCACUGUGCUCCUGUCGACGCGUCGUCUUCGACUCAUCUGCCACCUACCGGCCGGCCUCAUCCGUGCCCCUUCUCCUCCUCCAGACGCCAACAACACGGCAUGGCGUGUCCCUUUCGGCUUGUCCAGCUUGCUCGGCCGGGCCGAUGGGCCGAGUUUGUCGAUUCGUCUGCCCGUCGGUCUGCCCGACCGGGCCGUCUAUCGGGGUCACUUUGAGUGUUGCCCCGGCGCCGGUCGGCCUGGCAACCGCGCCUCCGAGUUGCCCGCCUGUUGUCCCUGUUGUCCGUGGUACUUGGCCUCGGCAUGUCGUCUGCCGCGUCCCGGCUGCGCUGGUAUCUUCCUCUUCACCGGCACCGUACCGCAGACCGGUCUGGUGGCACCGCUCGCCUGGACCGACGUGUUCAGCCUGGCCUGUCCACUUCCACUGCCCGGCGACGUCUUCUUCGGCUCUGCCGCCGGUCAGUUGAUCGUUCACGCCUACCCCCUUGGGCCGCCGGCUCGUCUGCCCGGUCAGGUCUGGGCUCAUCUUCCUUCAGGCCCGGGAUGGGCGGAGGCUGCGGCCAGAGACGGUUUCGACGAUGCCACCGGAUUCUGCGUGUCAGCGCCUCGAGCCCAUCAGACGCCGGUCAAUCAGUUCGUCUGCCGUCUCGACAUGCCUCGACCGGGGCCGGAUUGGGCCGAAGCUGGGCUCAUCUUUGAGAGGAGCGUCAGCGUGUUGCAUCGCGCCAAUUCGCCCACUCGACCGCCCCACCUCGGCUUGCUCAUCUUCGCCGGUCCGCCGUCGGAUUCGAGUCCUGCCGGUCGCCUCGUCUAUCGACACGUCAGCCCGGCGCCCGAGGAUCCUUCGCCACCGGCAGACUUUGCUUUCGGCCCACCGCUUCUCAUCACCCUCGGGCAGACGACCAAUUUGACCCUGUUGCUGACGGGUCGCUACGACGACCCCGCAGUCGUGUCGGCUCCGCCCGACUGUCUCGUCUUUCGAUGGCGUUGGCUUCGACUCGAAGCGUCCGAGCUCGACUGGCCCAUCGCCGAGACCGCCUGGCAGAAGAUCGGCUGUCUGGCGGCUGAAGCGUCGGCCGCGGAGCUGGUCUUCUCAGAC